AUGACGCUGUCCAGUAUCAUCGUCGGUCUUGCGAUUGUCCACUCAAGUAUGGCCGCCAUAUCGUUCUCCAUUGCCCCUUUUAACACAACUGCCGGGGUAGGGCAGACAGCCACCCUGGCAUGUAUCGUCGCAGGGAAAACCUCAGAAUCCGUAAAAUGGAAAAAGACAGACAACACCCCGUUAACUGUUGACACCACCGUGGUGGCUUCCAGUCGGUACCAGGUUGUGGGGGCGUAUAACCUCACCAUCUCCACUGUCACCACAUCGGAUGAGGGGGGCUACAUCUGUGACGCUGGGACAUUGUCGAAAACUGCAUACCUCAGCGUUGUCGAUCUGCCAACUAACGUGAGCCUUUACUGGAGUAACCCACCAGUCCCCGGGCUGCUGGCUAACCUGACGUGUAAGGCAACACACGCCAGCCCCGCGCCGAACUUCGCCUGGUAUAAGGAUGACCGCCUGUACACCGUGACGCCUGUGUACUACACCACGGGUACAACAGGGUACGUGGAUGCUUACAGCGUGUUGCCAGUCCGUUUGACCACCACUGACCAGUCCUCCAGAUUCCGAUGCCAGCUGGAGUACACGGGACUGUCCAGGGCUAUGGAGGCCGAUCUGGUCGUGGUUCUCAGCAGCGAAGGUCACAUCCAAACCAGGAACAUCUUUGUCAUCGUGUUUGGAGUGUACUUCUCAUUCCUCCUGUGGCAGUAACCGGGUGUUAUGCGCAUGCGCAAUAAAACCAACCAGCAGACGACAUCCGCGAGGUAUCCAUGGCAACACGAUGUCGGAAUAAAUAAUCGAUCAGAAUAGAUAUGGAAAGGGGUGAUAAUGAAAAUAUGGUUUAUUUUAAGUUUCACAAGUAAAUUUUAACUUAAAGUUUGACAGUUGUCACGGAAGUCUACAACGUAAACCGAUCCUUCAUCCACAUACCCACCUGCUGUGACUUCUAUAUUUGGCAGUACACGCACGUCAUCAGUCGAUAGUACAUGUUUGUUUUAUCUCACGUUUAGUGUUAAUUCGUCAACAUAUUUUCGUUUCGGAAGUGGCGUCAUCAGCUCCAUUUCACUUACGUCCAACAUCAUCACGAGUAUAUCACACAUCUAUAAGCAGAAUCAAUAAGGCAGAGAGUUUUUAUGGAUAUCAACUUCUUUAUGGGGAGGUGGGGUAGCCUUGUGGUU